GUGAUAUUGUUGGGGGCGGGGCUUGUCAAAGGUGACUGUUGCUUUCCUUGUGGGAUCGAGACGAACAUGGGCAAGAUUGAGGCGUUUGAGAUCACCUUCGACCGAAAUAAAGAAGUGUAUACACCCGGCGAAUCCAUCACGGGGACCGUGACAGUCAAAGUGGGGCAAAAGAUACAUUGUAAAGCCGUUAAGGUGAACUGCAAUGGCUUCUGUGGCAUCACCAAUAAAGUAAAUGAUACAGCAUGGACAGUUCAGGAACAGUACUUCAACAACACAAUCUCUGUUGCAGACAAAGGAACACUGAAACAAGGAAAUCAUUUGUUUGCCUUCAAGUUUCACAUUCCAUGCUCUGCUCCAACAUCUUUUCAGGGCAGCUAUGGUAGGAUAGAUUACAGAGUGAAAGCUUUCAUUGACACACCACGCUUUACCAAAGAUUACAGUAAAGAGAAACCUUUCUACCUGUUGGACCCCCUCAACCUGAACAAAAUUCCAGACAUAUGGGGGACCUGCACUUCUUCAGUGAUCCAGGAGUUCCAAUACAUGCUAUUAAAAACUGGAACAUUGAUCCUGAAAGCCCAAACAGACAUGAAGGGUUAUACACCAGGACAGAUUAUACAACUGUCAGCCACCAUCUACAACAAGUCUGAAAAGAGUACAAGCCACAUAAAUGCCAGCCUGGUGCAGAGGGUGACCUUUGAGACAAAGAGACCCAUCCAUGACAUGAGGGUCCUAGCCGAGGUGGAGGGUGGCAAAGUUAAGGCUGGCAAGGAGACAGAGUGGAAGGAGCAGAUCAUUGUUCCCCCUCUUCCUCAAUCUUCCCUCGUUGGCUGUGACCUCAUAAAGAUUGAUUACUAUGUUAAAGUCAGCCUUAAGUCUCCAAAUGUCAUGUUGACAUUACCCAUCCACAUAGGGAAUAUCGCUCUGGACCAAAAUUUCAGAUUGGCUUCUGCCACCACCCUGGUGUCACCUCCACGUCCUGCUCCCCGUGCUGCUCCUCGAACCAGAUUAAAUUCUCCAAGUGUUCCCCCGGCUGAACACCACCAGAGAGCUGAGGGUGGCACACCUAGGAAUGACGGCCUCCUCAAUCGGCACUCACAACUUGUGUCACCCGGUGGAUUUUCUUAUACACAUGGCUUCUCUCUUUCCAACAGCCACCAGAACAAGCCUGGCACAAAUUUUGAAAUAGUCUCAGUCGUUGCUCCGACAGAGACACCAACUCCCUAUCCCAGUAUGGACACUGCUAGCCCUAUGACAAGACCACUCCUCAUGCCUCCAGACUAUCAGAGUUCAGAAUACCCACAAGAGGCUCCACCUUCAUAUGAUGAGAGCACUAACACCUGAGCGGAAUGAGGAACAGCCCACCAGCAAACACAUCAGUGUUGCAAUACGUGCUCACGAAUGCGUCUUCUAUCUUAUUUUUUUUCUUCUUCAAUAGAAGCUUUUAACUUUCUUGUACUUAUUUUUCUAACUGAUAUAUUUUAAGGCGAACAACAUUAAGCACCCAUUCACUAUAUUCUGAAGUAUAAUUUUUAAUAGUGAGAUUGUGUGCCUGUGUUCUGUUGAAUCAUUUUAACUGAUUUGUAACUACUGUAAGGUAAUUCUUUUUGAGACGCCAAGGAAAAUAUCUUACUACACAAAUAAAAUGUUCACUGACAACUAUA